UCCAAAUCCUCUACAUUUUUCCUACGAACUGUCUCACACACUCUUAACACCGGUCCUUCCACCAAAAACACCCGUCACCCUCCAAACAUUCAAGCCGGGUUCGGUCUACGUAUUGUGUGUCUCAACACUGUCGUUCAACACUCUUCGUCUUCGCCUGCCUAUUAAUCUCAACUGUUCACUGUUCCUUCGACUUUAAAAGUGUUCCAAGGAAGUCACUCGACUCACAAAAGGUAAAUCCAACAAGUUUUAAAGACAACCAAAAAUUGACCGCAACUGUUUUGCUCUCAAAAAAAAUCGCACUCAAAAGAAAACGUGUCUCGAUUGACGUUCCUUUUAGUACAAACUCAAAUAUAUUUUUACCGAAGUAAUCGUUAAUCGUAAGAGAUUUUAAUAGGUUUAAAUUUUUAUUGUUGAUUUAGGCAUUAUCCAAAGGCAAAGACGCGGAGUCUUGUCCAAGAAUUUACGACAAUCAAUCAUCAAACUAGCAUUAAGAAAUUUACUAGUUCUAGUACCUAGGCGUAAUAAAAUUAUAAACAUAGCGUUGACACAGUCGGCAAGUUUCUUGACCCUUCUCAACCAACGACCAACAACACUGACUAACCAACUCAACUCAAAGAGUCUCUCAGUCAGUCUUGUUCGACUCGUUCUUAUACACCGUCCCUUAAGAUUAUCGGGUUAAGUGCAAUCAAACUCGCGAACGCAAGUCAAUAUAAUAUUAUUACAUUAUAUCACUGUUGUUUAUUAUGCGGUGUCACAAUCAUUCACUGUGCUACUGUAUAUAUCAUUAAGUAUUUUUCCAAAAAUUUUGACACGAUUCUCGCACCUACCUUCCUACGUGUUUCAAUUAUAUUAAGACAUAUCUUACCUGUAAGACAAUCCAAAAUAAAAAACAUAAUAACAUAAUAAUACACUUUUGUUGGACUGAUUUCCAAAGAAGGUUGUGUGCAAAGUACAGUAUUAUUCUAUUUAUUGAAAAGGUUAUUUAUUUAUUAUAUCCGUCAUACUCUUAGUGAAAUAUUCGUGUAAUAUAUACAUAUCCUAGGAUUUAAUAUAGUUAAGGGAAUUUUGAAUAGUAUAUUUUAUCUAUAAAACAACUAAAACAAAGGCUAAAUCAAAGUUUAUAUAUCGCUCAGUUAUCUAGUGUAAGUUUAAAACAAGUCUAGGAUAAUUUCCGACAAUCGUGCAAUACCUAUACCAAAAAUUAUACAAUCAAAACAAUCUAGACAAUCUACAUUAAGGAACGGACUGUGACUAUUCCGAAGGCAAUCAAACUUUUAAAAAGUAAAAGAAAAUUGCGACAAUCCAAGCACAAUCAACCGACCGGGCCGCUAACCACCUGAGGCCGUACCAAAAUUAGACCGCCAACCCCGCCAGACGCCUGGUACCAAGCGAGCCAGAGCGUCGACGCCGGCCGCGAAUCGCCACCUAGACGUCUUGGCAGUUCGAGGGGUCUUCUGGGACCGUACUCAUUCGCAAUCACGACGUACUUUUUGAACGCCCCCGGUCAAUACCCUUACGUAGUUCCCCUGUGUCCCGUCGUAGCCUGUCCUGAACUAGGUCCCCCAGCAUACGCGUCCUCCAUACAUCCCGGAUCCGCUCCCCUCGUGUCGAACGGUUGCACGUGUGGUCAAUGCGCGCCCCAGCACAUGUACACUAGCCACCUGAGCGCGCCCAACACCCUCAUCGUCAACCGCUUCACCGAGAUCAACUACUUCGACAAUCCGCCGAUCUCGACGUCGCCCGACAAGUACCACUACGAAAUGAGAGGAAGUGACGAAUUAUUAUCACAGUCAAACGUAUCAGUUAUGGCUCCAUCAGCGCCCCAUGCUGACAACAACAACCAGGAAAAUGCCAAAAAGGUGAAGCUGGACGGCAACGUGGGCAAACCGUCCCGGGUGAUCCACAUCCGCAACAUCCCGAGCGACGUCUCGGAGGCGGAGAUCAUCCACCUGGGGCUGCCGUUCGGCCGCGUCACCAACGUGCUGGUGCUCAAGGGCAAGAACCAGGCGUUCCUCGAGAUGGGCGACGAGGCGUCGGCCACGUCCAUGGUGAACUACUUCAGCACCUGCAUGGCGCAGCUGCGUGGCAGGGCGGUCUACGUCCAGUACAGCAACCACAAGGAACUGAAGACGGACCAGACACAUUCGAAUGCGAAUGCCUCUGCUCAAGCCGCCCUACAGGCCGCCCAAGCCCUGUCGAUCACGCAGAACUCGGUGACGCCGGCGCCCACACCCACGACACCCGUUACCAACGGUCAGGACAUACAGGGCGGUCCCAACACAGUACUCAGGGUCAUCAUCGAACACAUGAUCUACCCCAUUAGUUUAGACAUUCUGCAUUUGAUAUUCCAGCGAUUUGGAAAGGUUCUCAAAAUCGUUACAUUCACCAAAAACAACUCGUUCCAAGCGUUAAUCCAGUACCCGGACACGCAAUCGGCACAACAGGCCAAACAGGCGCUGGACGGUCAGAACAUCUACAACAGUUGCUGCACCCUCCGCAUAGACUACAGCAAAAUGUCGUCGCUGAACGUCAAGUACAACAACGACAAGUCGCGCGACUACACGAACCCCAACCUGCCGACCGGAGACGCCGGUGGGGCGGGCGACCAGCUGGCCCUUGGCGGAUCGCUGGCCAGCGGCCUGGGCGCCGACAUCCUCCUGUUGGCUGCCCAACCCAGACUAGCCAGGGAACGAUUGGCAGAUUCGAUAUUGGCGGGCGCCCCCGGAGUGCUGAGCAGUCCGUUCAUGCACGGUCUGGCGUCGCCGUUGGCGGCUCCGUACGCGGGCAGCGUGGCGGGCGGCAUCCCCGGACUGGGCGGCUUCGCGUUAGGUCAAACGGCACCCGGACUGAGGGGACUGACCACACCCGGACUGGCUCUUGCCACCGUUUUACUCGUUAGUAAUUUGAAUGAGGAGAUGGUCACGCCUGAUGCUCUCUUUACACUAUUUGGCGUAUACGGGGACGUACAACGUGUGAAAAUCCUCUAUAAUAAAAAGGACUCGGCCCUGGUCCAAUUGGCAGAACCGCACCAAGCACAUUUAGCGAUUACACAUAUGGACAAACUGAAGGUGUUCGGCAAGAACAUCAGAGUGAUGCUCAGCAAACACCAAACAGUACAGAUGCCCAAGGAAGGCCAGCCCGACGCCGGCCUGACGAAGGACUACAGCCAGAGCCCGUUGCACCGGUUCAAGAAACCAGGCUCCAAGAACUACCAGAACAUCUACCCGCCGUCAUCAACGUUGCACCUGAGCAACAUACCGGCCACCGUCAACGAGGACGACAUCAAGGAGGCGUUCACCAAAAACGGGUUCACGGUCAAAGCCUUCAAAUUUUUCCCAAAAGACAAAAAAAUGGCCCUCAUCCAACUGCCAAGCAUGGAGGAGGCUGUGAUAGCCUUGAUCAAGAUGCACAACUACCAACUAUCUGAAUCAAAUCACCUGAGGGUCUCGUUUUCGAAGUCGAGUAUAUAAUGGGACCCCGAGCCAUCGUUAUCUCCAAAUAAUUCUAAUAUGUAACAUUAAAAAAAAACAACAAAACAAGAAACAAACUACAGUAUUCAUUCCACACUCCAUGUCAUAGACACAAAUAAAAGUCACUAUUUUUUGACAUGGCGUAUAUAGCGACAUGGUAGCUAGUUGAUACAGCGCUUAUUUAUUAAUAUAUAUUAUUAUAUAGACUGUUUUUGGCAGGUUAAGCUUGAGUAUUUGUAUUCGACAAAUCAGUAUGAUUUUUAGUAUUUUUUUAAGAUAUAUUGUUGCGACGCCUAAGUUGUAAUAUUAUAAGUUUCCUUAGGUUUAUUGUAAUUGUUAUAUACAUAUAUAUUAUAGUAUUACUUUUAUUUUCUUACUCUAUGUUUCCCACAUCCUAUUGUUUGUAUUCCUUACUUAAGUAUUCUAUUUUUAUUAUAAUUGCGUUUGUUAUUCAGUAUUGAAUGGCUUUAAAAAAUGUAAAAUUAGGGAAUAGGUUACGUGUUUGAAGAUUGGAACUAUUUCGCCGCGACGAUGUUAUUUUUUGUAAGUUUAUAGAAGAAAGUAUUUAAUACAUGUUAAUGAAAAAAAUAUUAAUAAACGAAGGAGACAAAAAACUAUACGAAGUCGUGUCGAUGAUGAGGAUAUUAGGGCUUGUCACAUGUGUAUUUACAGUACUCGAGAGGUUGUUGUUGUGUAAUUUAAAAUAAAUAAUAGAACGGCCUCAUUAAAAAAAUGUAAAUGCAUGGACAAACCUACAAUAGUUUUUAAAUGGCUAGUAUUGUUAGACAAUGUCGUGGAUUUCUAGCGUAAAGAAAAAAUACAGUAGUUUAUAGCCAGUAAAUCUAGAUAUUAGGGUAAUCACAGGGUGUAGUUGUACCCUAGAACAUGGGGUUUAUUUACACAUUAACAGUUUUUGCUAGGCCAAAGUGGCGCCAGUAACUGAAGAGAUUACAGCACGGGUAAAUGACGAUUAAUAUGUAUUAAAGGCAGUGUAUAAAGAAACAAACCCUUUUUGUUGUAUAAUAUAUUGUAUAGUCUAAUUGUCUUGGUUGUACAACAAUUUUUAACAACACAAAGACAAUUAAAUAUGUAAAUUAUGAUAAGCACACAUGUGAUGCUGCAAAUUUGGAAGCAGCAUGUAAAAAUAAAAUAUUUGUAAAUGUUGCCAAAUUUGAAACUUGUUCGAAUUUAUCGCUGUGGUCUUUAAUGUUACCUCAGAAAUACGAUUUCUUCAUAACUAUUAGCUGUUAAUGACUAAAUAAGCAUCAUUUUCUUGUAGAUACAGGUAAUCAUGUUGGUUUUGAAUCUCAUGCGAAUCUCUUCGUUAUUUUUUUAAGGAAAAAUGUCUCCUUGAUUCUUGUUUCGCUGUUUGAACAUGCUUGCCUGAAUCUUAUAUUUAAAUGAAAAAAAUAUAUACAUUUAUCUCUAUCUAUAUACUAUAACAAUUUGACAAUCAUAAAUCAUAAACGUUUAAGUUCUCAAACGCAGAUGCAUUACUGAAUAGAAAAACGCGUGAUCUAAAUUUUUCCAAGUUUAUCUCUUUUUAAGGAAAUAAAAUGCAAAAUCAAAAUGUGUCGCUCUUAAAAGAUAUCUCUAUUCACAAAAUUCUUUCUCGCACAAUCAAGCUCAAAUUUUGUGAACAUUUGAAAGUUAUUGUUGUUGUGAUAUUGGUCUUGUAAAGGAAGAAUUUUUCACAGGAGGUAUUUUUAGAAUGACAUCAUCGGUCGAGAUGACAUAUCGCAUGCAUGCAAUUUGCCAAAAUUAAUGAGUCAAUAUCUACAAUAUAAUUGUGUGUAAUAUGUCUUAAAAGAUAUAUUUUUUUAAUAUCUUCUCUGAUUUCUUAUGUGCGCACAACGUGUCUUUCACUAUUUAUGGAUGUCCUACGUUUUUCCUUGCUAUUGUAUUACUUUCUCUCUGCUUCUCAGGUUUAUUUUAAGUUUAUAAUCUUAUGCAUUUAUUCUAUUUUACUUUAAAAAUGAUAUUAAAAAUUUUGAUUUAUA